CAUGGCAUUUGAUAGCGGUGAUGUCAUAUGCAUGUAGAUGAAUCUUGUGACAAGUGGCUGGUUCGCGUCUAAUGCAACAUGCACAUUAUUUUGGUAUGCAAUUGGAUGUGAGUGAACGAAUGUACUAAAAAAAGAAACCAGUGUUUUCGAGGAUUUGAAAGAAUUAACGUUUAACUAAGCAGAUGUCUAUGGAAGUUGAUUGUAAAAAUCUGUACUUGGCUCACCAAGCUACCACACUUAUCACUUACCAUUCGGCCAUCUGUAAGAAUUGACGUUGACGUUACUUUGUCGUUGCUUGGGCUGUGUCUCCCUUCAAAACCCCAUUGGAUUUUUUCCCCAGCAUCAAUCACUAAGAUAUAGUGGACUGCCAGCUGUCGUCUGCUUGAGCUUGUUGCCAAGAUGGCUGGGCCCCCAACUCCCCGGAUGAAGGCGCUGGAAGCGAAGGUGGUCGUACUUGGGAAAGAAGGUGUUGGAAAAACGAGUCUAGUGGUAAGGUACGUCGGGAAAAUCUUCAGCAAAAACGUCAGUCCAACAGUAGGUGCCUCAUUCUUCACAUUCAAAAUGACAGUCGAUAACCACAGAGUGAAACUGAUGGUGUGGGAUACGGCAGGACAAGAACGGUUCCGAUCCAUGGCGCCUAUGUACUACAGAAAAGCCAAUGCGGCCUUCUUGGUAUACGACAUCACCCAGUAUUCCACGUUUGAGAACAUGAAGACCUGGGUGGACGAGCUGAAGACGGCAACAGACACUCCUAUGGUUCUCUGCGUCUUAGGAAACAAAUGUGACUUGAAAGACCAGCGGAAAGUGCAGUCUGACGAAGCCUUGAUGUACGCUGCAUCCAUAGGAGCACUUUUCUUUGAGACAUCCGCACUCACAAACGAAGGAGUCCAGGAGGCCUUUUUGCGAUUGUCCCUGGCCCUCAUCUCUCUCAGCAAGAGCGCCCCCAACUGUGGGCUCAUCACCAAGGACUACGACGCACGCAGGAAGUCCGAGGAUUUCUUAUCCUUCCCGCCAAGCCUGCUGUUGCUACGGGAACAGAUCAAGGAAGAAGAGGAAAAGGAAGAGGAGGAAAAAAAAGUCGGAAGAUGCUGCUGAUGGUCAUGGCUUUAUUUCUUUAUUCGAGUCGGACAAGCAGGUUGAAUUAACUUGCAUUUAUGACUUUGUGUGGAAUUAUGACUUUGUGUGGGGCGCUGUGGUUCUAUGGUUGUGGUCGACUCGCGUGCCGUGGUACAUGGUACGUGGUUUUGAACCCUGACGGGGAACAUGGUGCUUGUGUUCUUAGGCAAGACACUUAACUAUAAUUGCCUCUCUCCACCCAGGAGUAUAAAUUGGACAUUUGAAGGUAGAGAUCAGAAACGCGCUGAUCUCGAGCUGCUGCAAAAACUGGUCGCAUAACGGCCUGAUGAAAAGGGGUAAUAAUAAUUUUUGUCAAGCACUAUAAGACCUUAUUUUGAGAGGCUGUAAUUGUCCUUAGUUUCCGAUGAUGAGCUGACAUUGAGGCCUCGAUCGUUCAGAAAUUCAGGAGUCUUUGAGAAUUGUAUCCAGCCGCUUCCAUGAUAAGCGCAUGUGUUGCUGCUGGCCGACGGCCGUAGCCUAUAACUUGGACGCAUCCUUACAUCGGGAGAAGUAGUUCUAGAUCUCAAGGCUGACAUUGUUGUAGGGGAUUUCAGUUUUGAACUCGAAUGGGGGGAGGCCCGAAGACUGACAGAUUCUUCGCAGAAUUGAAUUGGUUAAAAAUUGAGUGAUUUUGAGAUAAGUCUUUGUCUAAUAAUAUGUGCGAUUCUUGUCUUCUGUGUGGCCAUGGAUGGAUAAGAACAUGAUUAGGACCUGUACAUGCCUUUUAUUAAUAAGAUUAUAAUCGACAAAAUAUUUUCCACAAGCCAUUAUAAAUGGCUGUAAUGCCGUCGCGCGUGUACGCCAACAAUACUAUUGGUAAUUUGUAAAUAUCAUGAUUAUUACGAAAGGAAACGGAGGGGCAAUAAUUAGUUGGCAAAGACAAAAGAAACUCAUUCUAUUGCAGUAUCGAAAAUGUUUAAUAUCUGUCAAGCAAUAUGCCAUAGAAAAAUCAUUGCAAGAAUUACAAGACAAUUCAAACCUAUUAAUCGACGUUGUGACAAACACAUUCUCUGUAUUUUUUUCUUUAAAUCCGCACAAAUGUAAAUUGUAGAAUAACAAAAGUGGAGAUGUUGCGGAGCACUGUGGAGCAUUUAUGACAAGAAGUAAAAGAUUAUUACAGUGCUCACCGGAAAAUUACGCCCGAGCUUUCGGUGUGGUACAUCUUCUCCAGUCCCCUGAAGAAGCCUAAAGAAGCAUGUACAAGCCAUAGUCCCCUGAAGAAGGAGCACCGCACCGAAAGCUUGGGAGUAAUUUUCCGGUGAGCACUGUAAAGCUUGGGAGUAAUUUUCCGGUGAGCUAAUUUUUAAUUCUUGUCAUAAAUGUAGAUUGUAUGUAUUUAUGAAUGAACAAAGUAAAAUCUCGUUAAUUUGUUUAUAGCAAUACGUCAGCCAGCCAUUGUCAGCCUGUAUAAAAAUGCAACAAUCAUCUUACAUUCCAGCUGUCUCAUUAAUAACGUACAAUUUCGUCCGUUGUUUUUUUUGGGGGGCCUUUUUCUCAGGCUGCAGGCAACAAGGUUUAUUUUUCAAGUCUGCGUAGUAGCAAUAAUUAAGAAGGGGUGACAACAUCAGCAUCCUGAUCUAUAUAUAUCGUUUAAUUUGAGUAUUCAUGAGUAUAAUUAUACACAUAAUUUAAAUGACGACCUAAAAGACCAACAUAUAAUAUAAUAAUUCUGAACAGUUCUGUUAUAAUCAAGUUGUCUCAAAAGAAACUUUCUUCCAAUAGCAUCAUGCAUUUAUGCAAUAUUUCCUAUUUUACUUGAAAAAGUGACAUAAGCAUUACUGAAUCAAGUUUAGUUUUUGUUUGCCUUUUCUUUAAGAAUAAUCAAGAAUGAAUUUCAGUCGUGAUCUCCCUGUAUUAGUGAAGCUAUGCACACGCUUUGGGAAAAUGUUGGUCAUUUUUACAAUUCACUAAAAUGGUCAGGUGAUGCACAAAUACAAAUAUAUUAAACUUGGUAAAAUUAUCCCAAAGACAAAAAGACUUCCAAACCAUACCCUUUGACAUUCAUGGUAGUGACUAUCUGAAAGAUCAUUUGGAUAUGACAGCCGUUGUACGUAGCAGUGUUAAACAAUUUGACUACUGGUGAUUUUCUUUGAGGAUAAUCUUGCAAACUCUUGUACAGAUGAGCCUUCCUUAUUAUGCCACAUGAAAGUAUGUAAAUAUUCAUAAGACUUCAUUUGCAUCUUCUGUCGGUGACCUCUGUUAUGUUAAUUUCCAAACUUGACACAUUCCAGGAGAUCUGUCUCCCUAGCUUUCGUAACAAUUGUUCAAAGGUGGUCCUGUUGGGACAUUUAUUACAAUA